CAGAUAGUUGAAAGCAAAUGCCUUUCCACUACGUAGUCGUUGCUACACGACGCUGAGAAGUUUUAUUACUAAGAGAUUAACUGAAUAGUUUCAAUUUUUUCUUGUUUUUCCGAAGAUCAUAUCUAUCAGUACUCUCGGAAUAUCUCACUUCUACUAAUUUGCUUUAUAAUCUUCAGAAGCUAAAUAGUUAUAGUACACGACUCUGCAAGUGCAACUACACAUCUUCUGCCUCCGAGAAGAUGUCAUGUCCAGCUGUAGGGAGCACGGGCUCCCGAAUUUUCAGGCUUGGUUCUAGUCCUGCAACUCGGACCACUUCUAGAAGAGUAUCAUCGCCAUUCACUGGCGCCGCGGUAAUGGGACAGAAGCGAUUUUUUGCUGGUGGGGGCGGCGAAUUACAUCCCGGGUGGAGCAUACCAGAAAAGGACUACCACAAAUACACCUACCAGCCAACCAUUCCAGACAAACACUUCUACAUUGGCCACUACAACUACGCGCCAAUAACGUAGUACGCUACUGAUGAUCUUUCUACAGGUUUCAGUUGCACUCCGUCUUGAUUCUGCAAUGUAGUUUCAUACCAAGUCGUGAAAAAAACAAUUAUGAUAUAAUUGAACACACAACUAGAUCUGAGGGGACAACCUGUCGAUAUGCAACCUCAGGUUAUGGCUGCGAUCAAAACGACCAACGAUGGAGCUCGUGAUGGGAAGUAUGUACAAAACGGUAGUAAAGAUGUACGAUAGCAGUUUGCGGAUAGUGGUCGAGGAGUGCGACAGGAAUUUACCAGGUUUUGGCCUCAAAUGUCUCGGAGUACUGGGCGCGCUUCUCGGCUACAACAUCUUCGUGUCGUAUUACAGUUUACGCUUACGGUGUAGAAGUUUAGAAUGCUUUUUAUGUUGCUUUGUCAGAAGAUGCUUUUCAACUUGUUUACGUAGUCGGAUUUGGAAAUGAUAAGAUGAUGCGCCUUGCGAAGUCUCCUGGAUUGUCGCCACUAACUCACGUAGACUCUACUGUGUAGUUUCGGUUUAAUCUCAAGAGGCAACCCAUCCCCAUCACAAAGGUAUGUCGUCGGCCAAACAGAAAGUUAUAUGACAUUGGAGAAGCUGAAGGUUCAUGAAAUGUCCCAAAAAAUGUGGGCUAGCGGAUUCUUUGCAUCAGAAAGCGAGGACCAGGAAGCGCGCCUCCAGAAAUAUAACCUGUACUUUGUUUGACUAUCAAAUUAUGGGUACCGUCAACCCAUCUUUUACACAAUCUUUCAGCCAAUUCCUUCUUGGAAUAGGCUAAAAGAUGUUCUAACAGAUGGGUUGCCGGUACCUCUGAUCAAAUAGUGCUAGGUGGAGGAUGUCCUCUCUUUCGCUCUAAUACAUGAUGGAUGCGUGGAUGUAUUGUAGCAUGUAUGAUAAUAUGAUUCACAUCUCUUCUGGGAAUGAGAAUGACGGCCUCAGCUGUUCUUUUCCUUCUGAACUGACACUGGCAACUAUUAUAUCAACUAUUUCAAAAUACAGGAAAGUAAUUGAGCUCGAAGCUCUCUGGGAAGAGGCACUGGCAGAGGCGACGCAGACGCGAGAUUUCAGUAAGCUAUUAGAAAAGCUGCAGCCUGAAGCCUGCCCAGUGGAACCCCUGAUGGAACCCCUUAGCUGGCGGUAAUAUUGCUUUGUGGAGGAGAUACAUAAGUAAAAGAUUGAUGUCAGAGUAAGUAGUCGUGAUUGUCGUGUCUGUUUGACUGUGAUUUCAGUGCACGAACUCACUUUGAUUUUUCCAUAGGAGUUCUUGUAGCUAUCAUAUUAUCUCUCGUCCAGGUUCAAUAUGAUGCCGUAUGGUCGCGACAGUCCGGACACGAAGACGUUCCCGGAUAACGGCAUUGACUCGCCAUCAAGCUCGCUGUUCUUCUUCGGUGAUGUUGGAAGCACGGGUGAUUACAUUGAGCGAAAGGACAAUAAAAUGGCCAUGCUGAAGAAGGGCAGGCAUUUGUACACCAAUGCCUACAUUCCGCCAACGAAGUAGUGUCUUCUUCCGAACCUGAAGUAGUUCAUAGCCUACUUCUACGGUGGUCACGAGUGGCCAUAUCAGGACUGGCGCACACAUGACAUGAAGCUGAAGACAAACGAUUUUCCUCUCAUCCUAGCUGUAAUACUCCUUCUUUUUUCACUUACCAUAAUGGACCCAGAUAUGAUGGCGAACAGAACUUGCGCAAUGAAUACUUCUUGAUUUCCGACACAGUGUGAUGUGACAGAUGUGAUAAGAUAUUCGACACGACGAACGAACGGGAUGGUGACUUCACGAAAU